GCAAGAUACAUGCACACUAGUAGAGAUAUGAGUACACAUAAAAGUAUAAAAACGUCGCUGGAACGGGCGAAGACAUCUCUGGGACUGAAGAGUUCCAACCGGGAACGCAUGGAAAGCGUCUCCGAGUUGAUGAUGGCCCUGGAGAGUGAGAGACAGCUGGAACAGGUUAUGAUGAAUUCCGUGGAAAAGUGGACAGAAAUAGUGGACGAGAUCACCACCAAUAUGGACUCGGCCACAACUAGCGAGUCUGAGUGGAAGACCAGAUUUCAUGAUCAACGAUUAUUCAAUCAGAUGCUGACUAAGGAAAUCGGACAAAUAAAAACAGAGCUGUACAUGCUCAAACAAGGUGAUGCGGGUAUGACACUGCCGGUGAUGGGCGAGUCCGAGUCGUCGAGCUCGAGUAACAGUCGACAGAGCCAAGUCUACAUAAAAAGUCUAGAGGAAAAGCUUAAAUCCCUUGAGAGUUUAUACAACAUGUACGAGCACCAACUUGACGACGCGUCACGUGACUAUCACCGCUUGAAGGAGGAAAUCAACAAGAUCGUCAAGGAUGUCAGUUACAAACAGAAGGCUAUGAUUAAGCGUCAAGAGGAAUCAGACCAGAGGAAAAUAGCCAAGUCAAACCUAGCAAUCAAACUUCUGGAAAAAGAAACAACAUUACCGCCACUGAAGGGUUUGGGGGGUCGUGAAAAAAUGUCAUACUUGAAACUUCAUGAGGAAAAAUCAGUGACUAGUAAGCCCAUUGGAAGAGGAAAAAACCCACAGCCUUGGAAAGGAGUUGAGAAGUUAACGAAACUCCCUUCGAUCAAUAACAGCAAAAAUAACGAGAAAACAUCUAAGAAAACGAAAGAGACCUAUGUUGUUCAGGAGGAGUGGAAAAGAGUUACAAAAAAGGACCUUCUCCAUCCAAUUUGGAGCGCCAACAACAACAGAGAAGAAGACCAUCAAUCUAAUGUAGCUGGCAAGGGACAUGUGAAGAAAAACAAUAAAACAGAUGCAGAUCCUAAACUCCCGUCUAUGAGAUCGAGGAGAAUCGUCAACCUUGGAGCAGUCAGUGAUGGUGUGACUUUACCGGCUAUCAGGAAAGGAAGAAAGGCAAAGACAAACCCGGGUGCCACUAAAGAAAGACCGGAUACUCAUAAAGACUAUGUCCGUCACGUGGAUGAUCAGAGGGCUGGCUCUACUAAGGCAAGCAAAGAUAAUGACUUGUGCGGUUUGAGUCGCAGACCAUCAACGAAGACCACUAUCACAACAGCUUCGAGAAACUCUGAAAGAAACGUAUAUAAUGGAGAAAACAAGACAGUUGCUAACAAAUCUCAGCAUAAGAGAAAACUGGACCCGGUAUCAAAAUCAACAAAGAAAACCCUUCCAGAAGUUGUUGCAUCUCACCAGCAACACAAUGCAACCGAGCGUCAUGAAUAUCAAUUUCCUGUAGAUAAUGAUGGUCCUAUAUCAAAGCCUUCUACCAAGAGACUCAAAUCUGCUUUUGUGAGGUCCAACAGUACGAGUUCUCGUGAUGAUGGCAAGCAGAAUGUGUCGCCAAUUGAGCUUCAAGUAUCCCCGUCAAAAGAAGACAGUCAAAUAAGUGUGGUUUACAAGGAUUCAAUGUCGCCGAUAAAUGUUACUACAGACGACAGAGUAAAUAUGGCUGAGGACACUUCAGAAAUUGAGGCAGGGCGGAACAGUUCAGAGCACUUUGUCAACAGUACAGAAAAAGCCACGAAGGAUCCAGAAACCAAACGAAAAUCAGUCACCAUUAACGACAGAACCACCAUUCAUUUUCCUUGAAUUCAAGUAUCAUUUUAUGCGUAUAUAGAAUUAAUCGCUCGUGAAUGUGAUGUGAAAAUCAGCCAGUGUCGUAAUCAUGCAGACACGGUUUGGGUGAUGUUGGAAUGAACUUAUAACACGCUGACACCCCUCCUGACCACCCCAACUCCACGCCAACUCCCCCUCCUCGUUCCCAAACCCCAUGUUAACGCUCCCUCCUCACCCCAACCCCACGCUUACUCCCCCUCUUCACCACCCCAACCCCACGCUUAAUCCCCCUCCUCAUCCCCUAACACCACGCUAACGCUCCCUCCUCACACCCAACCCCACCCUACUACACUGGUCUACAGCCAUCCACACAUUUCUUCGUUUAUAACAUCUACGCCACCACAGGUAUCAUUAUAGGAUAUUCCCCAUGUCAUUACUAAACACAUCUUCCCCAAGCUCAUCCCAUCUCGCUUCAAAGUUUAUAACACCGAUGUUUAUCAUUAAGUCAUGAUUGCUUUCAACCACAAAACGUGUGUCACGUUUCAUAAUUAACAUGUCUCCGGAUAAAUAACGAUUGCAUUAUAUCCGAAGUUAUAUAUAGGUCAAACCUGUAACUUUGGUUCCUACAUACUACCAUGAUCAAGUACACACCCCUCGUUCGAGCAAGGACACACCUCACUCUGUCUUGUCCGAUCAAGGACACAUCAUAUCAAGUCCUUGUUCGGUGUAAGAUAUGAUCUAGGCCAUGCCCCAUUCUGUCCUUGUUCAGUGUAAGAUAUGAUCCAGGCCACGCGCCAUCCUGUCCUUGUUCGGUCCAAGAUAUGAUUCAGGCCACGCCCUAAACUGCCUUGUUCGGUCCAAGAUAUGAUUCAGGCCACGCCCUAUACUGUCCUUGUUCGGUCCAAAGAUAUGAUUCAGGCCACGCCCUAUACUGUUCGGUUCAAGAUAUGAUCCAGGUCGCGCAACAUUUCGUUCUCUCAUUCGAUAUAAGAAGGUAUACAACUCAGAUCUUCGUUAGGAUUAGGAAUGCAUACAAUUGCGUGAUUGAGGGCAUACCGAAAGGACACUUCGUUGGAAACGUGUAGGUCCGAUCUGCUUCCAGAUUGAGGGAGUAUACAAUGCCAUAACUACUAUAGACCAAAAUCCCGUGUAGGACUAUGAGAUCUAUUCAUUAUAAGCCCAAUUCAUAAAUUAAGGCGACCAGUAGGGCAUAGCGAAAGAUACACCUAAGCCCGGUCUUGUUUCAAAGAAAUAGAACACAUACAAACCUCAUCAUUUCUUGUGUAUAGCACAGGGGGUUAAACCACGACAUGCAAUCUUUAAUCGUCGGCACUUUCCGUUUCGUUUACGGAAGGUGCCGACGGUUCCCGAUUGCCAUGGCAUGUUCAUGGACAAGUCAAAUCCAGGUCUUGUUCCGCGAGCCAAGAGAGUAUUAUGCACAUGUACCAUGACAUGUCUUUGUUUUAGCGUAGAGCUAUAAGUAAAAAUGUAUGGUCAAUAGUAUGACCAUUAUGGGCAGUCGUGCUAUGACCAUAUAUUCGGCCCUCGUGUGUGGUUUUUUCGGGCGUCUGUCAGGAUGUGGUAAUUCGUUCAUAUUCCUUCGUUAGUCCAUACCGUGUACAUGCAGUAUGUCUCUAUAUUUAAUACGAGUUAUAUAUAUUGGGUAUAACUUCUGGCAGUGUUUGUUCAUUUUGAUCAUGUUUAAAAGUAUUGAAUACAAACCCCGAUUUAAUAUGAUAA